AUGGAUAACAACUCACAAGAUUCUGCAUUAUCUUCCAACACCAACACUCUCACAGUAACGGAUGCGCAGCCUACAAACAAAAUAGAAGAGAAUAAACCUGAGACACAUGAAAAACAUCCAUACAGUAUAUUUACGAACAGAGAAAAAUACUGUAUUAGUUUAUUUAUAGCUUUGUGUGGUAUCUGGUCCACAUUAUCGACAUCCAUCUAUUUUCCCGCAUUAUCCAUUUUGUCAGAGAAGUUCGUAGUUUCCACAGCCGUUACCAAUGUCUCUGUUGUAGCAUACUUAUUAUUUCAAGGUUUAUCACCAACAGUAUUGUCUCCCUUGGCCGAUGCUUUUGGCAGGAGACCAAUGAUGGUUGGAUGUCUUCUUUGCUACUGCGCAGUUUGUGUUGGGUUGUCUCAAACCAAUGUGUACUGGUUAUUGGUUGUACUAAGAAUGCUCCAAGCUGCUGCUAUAGCACCUAUAAUCUCGGUGUCUUCAGGAAUAGUUGGUGAUAUGUGUCCCAGAUCUGAAAGAGGUAAGUUCGUGGGUAUCGUUACUGGAAUUCAGUUAGUUGGACAAGGUUUCGGAGCCAUUUUGGGUGCUGCCCUCGUUGAUAGGUUUGGCUGGAGAGGAAUCUUUGAGUUUUUGGCAAUUGGUAGUGGCGUUGUCUUAAUCAUGGCAGCAAUACUUUUACCUGAAACCAAUAGACUGAUUGUCGGAAACUUCUCAAUUCCACCAAAGCGAAUCAUCAACGAUCUGCCAAUUGUACAUUUUCCAUUCAUCUCCAAGCGCUUAGCCAAUGAAACCUCUACUUUGGCUGAGAGUAAUAUAAGGCUUUCAAAUGUGCUUUCGCCUCUUAAGAUUUUUUUCCAAGUUGAGGUAUUCUUCAUUUUGUUGCCUAGUGGGUUACUAUUCGCUACUUGGACCAUGGCAUUGACUACGUUUUCAAGUACUCUUCCUGACAAAUAUGGCUACUCAAUUAUUCAAGUAGGAUUAUGCUAUCUUGCACCUGGUUUUGGAUCACUUACCGGAGCAAUUGCUAGUGGAAGGCUUUUAAAUUAUGUGUACAAGAAGAGCAAGGAUAAAUACGAUGAAGAAAUCAAAAAUUUACCUAAGGAAGAAGUUAAGCCCUUCAAUAUUUACAAGACAAGAUUACAUAUUUGCUUAAUACCCUCAUUGAUCUCUUGUGCCACAUAUAUGAUAUUUGGCUGGUGCCUUGAAUAUAAAGUAAACAUUGCCCCAGCACUCAUUUCCGCAUUCACCUUUUCCUUUUGCGUGAUUUGCGUCAUGGCUGCUUUGGUUACCUUGUUAGUGGACUUGUUCCCUAACCAAAGUUCAGCAGGUACAAGUUGUGUUAACCUAAUGAGAUGUUCACUAGGAGCUGCUGGAGUUGGUGCUUUGCAAAGUAUGGUAGAUGCAAUGGGUGAAGGUGGGUGUUACACAUUGAUGGCAGGCUUUUGUUUAAUUGGAACAGUUAUACUAUAUUUUAUAGUUGAACGAGCCACCAAGAGAUUAAACAAUUCAGGAGUCGAGGAAGAACUUUAG